GUAUGGCAUCUGCAGCAGCAGAGGCGGAAAAGGGGUCUCCGAUUGUGGUGGGGAUGCUGGUCGUGGGCAACAUCAUUAUUCUGCUGUCAGGUCUGGCUCUGUUUGCUGAAACAGUGUGGGUAACAGCUGACCAGUACCAUGUGUACCCACUGAUGGGCGUCUCAGGCAAGGAUGAUGUCUUCGCUGGUGCCUGGAUCGCCAUCUUCUGCGGCUUCUCCUUCUUUGUCGUGGCCAGCUUUGGAGUGGGUGCAGUGCUCUGCCCCCGGCAGUCCAUGAUCCUCACGUACCUGGUGCUCAUGCUCAUCGUCUACAUCUUCGAGUGCGCUUCCUGCAUCACGUCCUACACCCACCGAGACUAUAUGGUGUCCAACCCAUCUUUGAUCACCAAGCAGAUGCUGACAUUCUACAGUGCAGACACGGACCAGGGCCAAGAACUGACUCGCCUCUGGGACCGCAUCAUGAUUGAGCAAGAGUGCUGUGGCACAUCUGGUCCCAUGGACUGGGUGAACUUCACAUCAGCCUUCCGGGCUGCCACCCCAGAAGAGGUAUUUCCCUGGCCCCCACUGUGCUGUCGACGGACUGGCAACUUCAUCCCCCUCAAUGAACAGGGCUGUCGUCUGGGUCACAUGGACUACCUAUUCACCAAGGGCUGUUUUGAACACAUUGGCCAUGCCAUCGACAGCUACACAUGGGGCACCUCAUGGUUUGGAUUUGCCAUCCUGAUGUGGACACUUCCUGUGAUGCUGAUAGCCAUGUAUUUCUACACUACACUCUGAGGAACAAGAAGGGAUGGCUUCAUGUACACCUCGACCUCCUCCUCCUGCUCCCUCAUCCUCCAGCUGAGGCUUGGUUUGUGCCUCAUCUCUCCCCUUUCCACCUCCUUCACCCUUUCCUACUUCUACUCCCAGUAUGUUUUACCACGUUUCUGAGGUCUGCUAGGAAUUGAGGAUGCCCUGAAACCCCUGGAUAUGUAUACAUGGGACUUUAACCCUUAACCUCAUUUUAUUUGAUUGAUUCUUGAACUAUCUAUCAGUGUCAAUUUAAAGUAUUGCCCUUAGAUCUCA